AUGUCAGCCAUGGACUUACGAGUCGGGAACAAAUACCGAAUAGGUCGUAAAAUUGGUUCAGGAUCAUUUGGUGACAUUUACUUGGGUUCCAACAUCGUCAGUGGUGAAGAGGUUGCUAUCAAGCUCGAAUCAGUAAAAGCUAAACAUCCACAACUGGAAUAUGAAGCAAAAGUGUACAAGACUCUAGCUGGAGGAGUCGGUAUUCCAUUCGUACGCUGGUAUGGCACAGAAUGUGAUUAUAAUGCCAUGGUGAUUGAUUUACUCGGCCCUUCAUUGGAGGAUUUAUUCAAUUUUUGUCAGCGACGAUUUUCUCUAAAGACCGUGCUGCUACUUGCAGAUCAGUUGAUAUCCCGCAUCGAAUAUGUCCAUUCUAAAAAUUUCAUUCAUCGCGAUAUCAAGCCUGACAACUUCUUGAUGGGUAUUGGAAAGCGCGGCAAUCAAGUGAAUGUUAUCGACUUUGGUCUUGCCAAGAAGUAUCGCGAUCCCAAGACGCACCUUCAUAUCCCGUACAGAGAGAAUAAGAAUUUAACGGGAACAGCACGUUAUGCAAGCAUCAAUACUCAUUUGGGAGUUGAGCAAUCGCGUAGAGACGAUCUCGAGUCACUAGGAUAUGUUCUCAUGUACUUUUGCCGUGGUUCUUUACCUUGGCAAGGACUCAAGGCAGCCACCAAGAAACAAAAAUAUGAUCGUAUUAUGGAAAAGAAAAUGACCACGUCCACUGAAUUGCUUUGCCGAGGCUUCCCCAAUGAAUUCUCCAUCUAUCUCAACUAUACACGAUCACUCCGCUUUGAUGAUAAACCCGACUACAGCUACCUCCGCAAAUUAUUCAGAGACCUAUUUGUACGUGAAGGCUAUGUGUACGACUAUGUCUUUGACUGGACUGUUUUCAAACUUGUAAGUAUAUAA